AUGGUGAAAUACGUGAGACCUAAAGAAACCUACGAUUUUAUUAUUGUAGGAGCUGGUUCCGCUGGAUGUAUUCUGGCCAGAGAGCUCAUAUAUAAUAUACCGAAUAUUAACAUUUUAAUACUGGAAGCAGGCCCACCGGAUGCUCAAAUAAAUGAUAGGAUUAGUGUUCCAUUUGCUCAUUCUAGCCUAUGGAGAACUAGUGAAGUUGAUUGGUCAUUUUACACCCAACGUCAAGUGAUGCCUGGUUCAUUAGAUCCGACCAAAACGUUGGUAAACCAAUCUUUAAUGUAUCCGCGAGGAAAGGCGACUGAGAAUAAUAAUAGAAAGGAUUCUGAUGACGAAUUCAAGAAGUAUCAUGGAUUCGAUGGCUUGAUAAGAGUACAUGAUCAUGGAGACAAGAUAUUUGAUGUAAUGAAAGAAGUGAAAGUUGCAGCAAAAAAUUACGGUAUUCCCGAAAAUAAGGACUAUAAUGGAGCAAAACAGAAUGGGAUAGCCACUUAUCAGGCAGCGAUAAAAAAUGGCAAGAGAUGUUCUGUGGUAGAUGGUUAUCUCACCGAAGCGUUGAGCAAAGUUGAGGUCGUGAAAUCUGACAAGGGUUCCAACGACGAGUCACCAUUCGACAUCUGUAAGAUUUCUGCGGUCAAUGUGAAGUCUCAUUCACAUGUGUUAAACGUAAUUUGGGAAGGAUCGGAUGGAAAUGUAGCUAAGGGUGUCAGAUAUUUUUAUGAUGGUGCUGUUCAUGAGGCGUAUAUCGCGCCGAAGGGUGAAGUCAUUCUUAGUGCAGGAGCAAUCAAUAGCAUAGGCCCGAGGAAUGAUUUGACAAAGAGCAACAUUAUGGUUCGCAAAGAAUUGCCGGUCGGGAAAAAUCUCUGGGAUCACCCACUGGGAAUGAUUACGGUUAAGAUAGGUGUGCCCAAUUCCACCUUGAAAUCGUGCAUACAUCAUUGGUCUAACGGGCCCGAAAUAGCAAUAUUUCAUAAAGCCAAUAGCGAAGGAAGAAUACCCACGAAAGACGAAUUAUCAAAUGAACGCCCGGAUAUACAAAUUACAUGUGCCCCGAUUAUAUUUGACACGGCGAUACUUAACCCACCAGACGGAAGCCAACCAUUCACCGGAGAAGGAAUAACGUUUUCGCCGGUACUUAACUUGCCCGCCAGUGUUGGAUGGUUGGAACUUGCAAGUCAAAAUCCAUUCGAGCAACCGAAAAUUUUCCUCAAUUACUUUGAUAAGUCGGACGAUAUGUACAGGAUGAUAAGUUCAUUUAAGAUGUGCCUUGAAAUUAUAAAAAAUCCGCCGCUGUCAACUGUUUGGAAUGCGCAGGAUAUCGGAAUCACAGAUGAAUUCGGACAGUGGGCCAGCGAUGGGGUUAAUAUGACGGAUGAUGAUUGGGAAAGGUACAUCCGUGAGAAGCAUUUCACCUCAUUCCACCCUUGCGGGACCGUGAAGAUGGCACCGGAGGAAAGGGGUGGUGUGGUAGAUCACAGACUUCGAGUUUACGGAACCAGAAAUCUUCGAGUCGUAGAUGCUUCAAUAUUCCCAAAUAUCCCUGCGGCAAAUACUUUUGCGCCAGUUUGUAUGACGGCAUGGAGGGCCUCGAGAUUGAUUGAGGAGGAUUAUAAGAGGAAAUGA